AGAGAGAGAGAGAGAGGGAAACGCAGAGGGAAAGAGAGAGCGAGAUCAAGAUUGCAACAGAGAGAAGCGGCAGUGAAGGAAGAAACAAGAAAAAGAAGGUGAAGAAGAGAGAGAGAUCGCGUCUAAUAUCACAGCCGUAAAUCUUCUUCCUCUUCCUCCUUUUCUUCAUCUGCUUCUUCUCUUCUGUUCGAAGAGCCGAUCAUGGAGAAGGUUCGGACGGCGGGAGGUGGCGGAGACAAGGUCGGCGGCGACGGAGACGGGAGUCGCCAUCGCACGCAGCAGGAGGAGGAGAAGGAGCAGGGGCAGGAGGCCAUAAGGUUGUCGCUGGUGAAGAGGAAGAAGGAUUUUAAGCACAUGGAGAGGAUCGGUGGGGGGAGGUGGGUCAACGUCCUCCAAGGCCUCGAGCUCCACGAGGGGGUCUUCUCCGCUGCCGAGCAGCAGAGGAUCGUCGACUGCGUCUUGGAUUUCCAGGACCGAGGAAGGAGUGGAUUGCUCCGAGAGCGCACUUAUUCAGAGCCAAAGAAGUGGAUGCGUGGAAAAGGGCGCGUGACUAUACAAUUCGGUUGUUGCUACAACUAUGCAAAGGACAACAAUGGGAACCUUCCAGGAAUAAUGCGGGACGAGGAAGUCGAUCCAAUGCCUCCGAUACUGAAGACUAUGAUUAAGAGGAUGGUGGCGUGGCACGUGCUCCCGCCAACGUGUGUCCCCAACAGUUGCAUCAUAAACAUCUAUGAUGAAGAUGACUGCAUCCCUCCUCAUAUCGACCACCACGAUUUCGUUCGACCCUUUUGCACAGUUUCCUUCCUCUCCCAGUGCAACAUUCUCUUUGGAACCCACAUCAAAGUAGUCUCGCCAGGAGUGUUUGCAGCCCCUACUUCCAUUCCUUUACCGGUCGGGUCGGUGCUUGUUUUGAAUGGUAAUGGUGCAGAUGUAGCUAAGCAUUGUGUACCUGCUGUGCCCACCAAGAGGAUCUCAAUUACUUUCAGAAAAAUGGAGGACCGCAAGCUUCCCUACAGAUUCAUUCCUGAUCCCGAACUACAGAAUCUUCGACCCCUCCGGUACCCUCCGAUGCCAGCUCCGGUGAACGAGUUAGUAAGCUCGCGGGCCCAACCCCGACCAGCGUCCACGCCGUUGGCCCAAGCGCAACCAGCAUCGACUCCGCCGCCCCGAGCCGAACCCAGAGAGGAGCAAAGCUCGGAGGGCAAGAAGUGGACUCGCGACAGCCCCUUCUCUUCGGAAGAUUUUCCCCCACUCGGUUCGUUGAGUUCAGCAGGAAAGAGUCAGCAGAACAAGCCACACCGACCCGCAAGGCGAUGAAGCAAUUGAAAUUGAAUCAAGACUGACGAUUUCGAUGCCGACUGAACAUUUUUGAGGAGUUUAACGUUAAUUGUUCCUUUGUUGCAAAGCUGUAACAUAAUAAUAUAAUAAAGUUGCAUGUCAUGCUCUCCUUUAAUUCUGUCAUUGUUAAA